UGAAAGAACUCAUGAAGGAUAUAAGUGAGAUUAAGGAUGAGCUUGAGAGCAUGCUAUCCUUCCUACGGAUCGCAGAAAGAUUAAAAGAGAAGGAUGAGAGCACAAAAACCUUCAUAAAACAAACAAGAGACUUGGCUUUCGACAUUGAGGAUAUUAUAGAUGAGUUCACGUACAAGCUGGGUGAGGAGCAAGGAGGGGUUCUACCCAGAGCAAUCAAGAGGUGCAGAAAUAUAAAAACAUGGGAUGACCUUAGCAGCAAACUUAAAGAGAUCAAAAUUAAGCUCCAAAACAUUAUGGAGAGAAGGACACGAUAUGAUACAAGAGGAAUGGAAAGUGAAGUAAAACCUCGAAUAGCUGUUGGCGGUAGCAAGAGCCAUGUAGAAUUAGCACAUUUUGUCGAGGAGGAUGAUAUCGUGGGUAUUGACAAGUACAGGGACUUGUUGCUCAAAUGGUUGAAAGAUGAGGAUGAGCAACAACGACAGCCCAUGAUAAUCUCAGUGUUUGGAAUGGGUGGUCUAGGGAAGACAACUCUCGUAACUCACGUGUACAAAAUCAUCAAAGCUACCUUUGAUGCUUGUGCCUGGGUUGCUGUAUCUCAAAGUUAUGAGACUGAUGAUUUGCUUAGACGGAUUUUAAAAGAGUUUUAUAGGGAAGAUCGUGAGAAAAGACAAGCACCUAACAACAUUGAUACCAUGGAUUGCAGAAGCUUGGUUGAGACUAUUCGCACUUACUUGCAAUGUAAAAAUUAUGUACUCAUUCUAGAUGAUGUUUGGAGUACUGAUGUACUGGACAAUAUAAAGAAUGCACUUCUGAAUAGUAAUAGCAAUAGUAGAAUAGUUCUCACAGCAAGGAGUUGCGAUGUAGCAAUACUAGCUAAUAAGCACUAUAUGUUUGAGCUAAAGACACUAGAGGCAGAUCAUUCAUGGGAUUUGUUUUGUAAAAAUGCAUUUUGGAAAAGUGCAAACAAGAUUUGCCCACAGCCUUUAGAACAAUGUGCUAAAAAAAUCGUCGAGAAGUGCGGUGGCUUGCCCCUUGCUAUCGUAUCUAUAGCCCGUCUCUUAUCAUUUCGAGAACAAACCGGUUUUGAAUGGGAGAAGGUUUACAAAGAUCUUGAGUGGUAUCUAACCGACAACGCAUCGAAAAUCCAUGAAAAAGUACAUGACAUUUUGAAACUUAGUUUGGACGAUCUUCCCCAUUACCUUCGAAAUUGCUUUUUAUAUUGUUCUAGCUUUCCGGAAGACUAUACAAUUGAAAGUGACAGGCUCAUAAGGCUUUGGGUGGCUGAAGGGUUCAUUGAAGAAAGAGAAAGAACGAUGGAGGAAGUGGCAGAGGACUACCUUAAUGAACUUGUUCAUCGCUGUCUACUACAAGUGGUACAUAGGGAUGAAGUCCGUAGAGUUCAAGGAUGUCGAAUGCAUGACAUCAUUCGUGUGCUUGCUCUUUCCGAGUCAAAGGAGUUAAGUUUCUGCAUGGUCUAUGAGCAUUCACGGGAAAAAUUGCAGAGAUCCAAAGCACGCCGCUUGUCAAUCCUAAGCAAUAUAACUAAUUAUUGUACUGAAGACAAAUCUCAUUUGCGUUCAGUGCUUGUUUUCAACAAUUCCAUGAGCUAUGAUUUACUGCUGUCGGUCUUAAGAUCAUCAAAAUUUUUACGUGUCUUGGAACUAGGAGGAGCGCUAAUCGAGAAACUACCGAGUGAGAUCUGUAACCUAUUCAACCUGCAUUAUCUAGGCUUGCGAGCUACAAAAAUUAAGGAGCUUCCAAGAUCAAUCGGGAAGCUACGAAAUCUGCAAGUAUUACAUACAUAUGACAGUGAAAUAGAAAAGCUGCCAAAAGGAAUAACAGAGCUUCAAAAGUUGAGACAUCUAUUUUUGUCUGACGAUUUGGAUACAGGUGAAAGUAAAAUAGAAAAGCUGCCAAAGGAAAUAACAGAGCUUCAAAAGUUGAGACAUCUAAUUUUGCCCUACUAUUUGGGUAAGAACAUCAAGGCACUGGUCGGAAUACGGCGCUUGAAGGGCUUGCAUAGUUUGGCAAACAUUGGUGCAACUAGGAAGAUUGUGCGNCGGAAUGUAGAAGCUUUGACAGAGUUGCGGACAUUUGGGAUAGAGGGCGUAAGAACCCAUCACUGUGCAGACUUGUGGAAUAGUAUCACAAAGAUGAACCAUCUUAGCAAUUUAGAUGUCAUCAGUGGACGUGGGCAAGAAUUACAGCAGUUGGGCACCCUGCGCCUACCUCUACCAAUUCAAGAAUUAUGGCUGAGGGGUAAAUUAGACAAAACCUCAGUCCCUGAGCUUGCCACAUCCUUUGGGUCUCUAACAAACCUAAUCGGAUUAACACUUUUUUAUGCAAAUUUGGAUGAAGAUACAUUUCCUUACCUGCAAGCGUUGCCCGCGUUGAUGUUUCUUGGCCUUUAUGAGGCAUAUGACGGCAUGAAGUUGCACUUCCAAGCAACAUCAUUCCCCAAGCUAAAGGAAUUGUUAAUACAAGAUGCCCCGAAUCUCAGUCAGGUGGAAAUAGAAAGAGGAGCAAUGGCAAGCCUGAAUAAGCUAGACCUACACCGUUGUCCAGAGCUAAAGGAGCUGCCCCACGGCAUUGAGUACCUUACCACCCUUAAGGAUUUAUACAUUUGGCGUCCAGCAAAGGAACUUGUUGAGCUGCUUCUAGGAGGAGGAGGAGGAGGAGAAGGCGACCACAGCAAUGAUUGCCGCACGAGGGUUCGCCACAUCCCGAAUUUUACUAUUGGUUUCAAACGAGACGGCAAGGUUGUCGAAGAAAGGAUUUGAUGAUUCCACAUCAUGUAGGUGAGUUUGGGCGCUUUUUGCAAAGCACCGACCGAGCUUGAUGCUUUCAUAUUUUCUGCCUCAGAUCUUCUAAAUAAUCCGUGCUUGAGGAAAAUUGAAAAUGAUGAUCGAUAUGCAGGUGUUAUCUUAUAUGUGUAUUUUAUUUUAUUUUUCAAUGUAUGUGUGUGUAAAAGUGAAUGCAUCAAAUUAGUUGGUGCAUGCCUUCAGCUACUCGUAUUAUGUAUUUGGAGAAUGCUUUGUACCCUUUAAACUUUAUUUAUUGACUAAAAUAAAAAAAAAACCUUCCCUUAUAAA